UGUGAAUACCGGCUGGAUUCACUUGCAGUGGAGCUGGUAGUGCGCACCAGAAGAGAUCCCACAGUGCCUCUUUCUCUCUCGCACACGCAUUUUCCAGAAGAAUACAUAUCAUUAUUUCACCGUGACCAGGUGGAAUAUCAGGGGAAAUCAACCCAUAAGAAUAUCUUCUGAACCUGGGAGGUAAAGUGGAACGGAUUAUUUGCAGAAUCAAUGAAGGACAUCCUGUUCAAAAAAACUGAAUCUGCGUAGGCCCCUAUCCUCUCCCCUGGCAGAAAGCGGAUAUGUUCUUUGCCUCUGUUCCAGUAUGACCCCGGAAUAAGUGAGCUGUGAAUAAAGUCCCACUGGAGCUUUUCUAAAGGACUCCCUUGCUUCUCUGACAGCAUAUGGACAUCUGACAUUGGGUAGCAGACAAAACACCGAAAAUAGGGACAACCACUGCUGAAGAAGAGAGAGAAGAAUAGGCCAUGGCUGAGGGGAUGAUUGCUUCUCAAAGUGAACCGUGACAGAAUGGUCGACGGUAUGAGCAGAGUCAUGCUGCACACGGUCGUCUCAUGCUGGCAACCCUUCCUGGGACUGGCCCUCGUGGCUGUCUUCGCGGGUGCCACUCUGGGAUGUCCAUCCCGCUGCGAGUGUUCGGCGCAGACCAAGGCAGUCGUCUGCCACCGCAAGCGCAUGCCUACCAUCCCGGACGGCAUCCCCACCGAAACCAGGAUCCUGGACCUGAGUAAGAACAAGAUGACAAUGAUCAACCCUGAUGACUUUUUUGCCUUUCCUGGGCUUGAGGAACUUGACCUCAGUGGAAAUAUUAUCAGUUAUGUUGAGCCUGGGGCUUUUAAUGCCCUGUUUACCAUGCACUCUCUCAGUCUCAAGAGCAAUCGAAUCAAGCUCAUUCCUCUGGGCGUCUUCACAGGCUUGACAAAUCUUACCCGACUGGAUAUAAGUGACAACAAAAUCGUCAUCCUUCUGGAUUACAUGUUUCAGGACUUGCACAAUCUGAGGUUUUUGGAAGUGGGUGACAACGAUCUGGUUUACAUUUCUCACCGUGCAUUCAGUGGACUUUUAGGCCUGGAGAUGCUAACCUUACAGAGGUGCAACCUUACUGUUGUACCCACUGAGGCCCUUUCCCACCUGCACAACCUGGUCAGUCUCCAUCUACGAUACCUCAGCAUCAGCACUUUGCAUCCCUACUCGUUCAAAAAGCUGUUCCGGCUGCGGCAUUUAGAGAUUGAUAAUUGGCCAUCCCUAGACCAUGUGCCAGCCAAUACCCUGCAUGGCCUCAACCUGACCACUCUGUCCAUGACCAACACCAACAUGUCCUCUUUCCCUUACCAGGCCCUGAAGCAUCUGCCCUACCUGACCCACCUCAACCUGUCCUUCAACCGCAUUAGGCACAUUGAAGGUGCUAUGCUGAUGGAGCUGGUUCGGCUUAAAGAGCUCCAUCUGGUUGGAGCUCAGCUAACCACCAUUGAACCGUAUGCCUUCCAGGGCCUGCGGGGGCUCCAAGUCCUCAAUGUCUCUCACAACCGACUGGAUACACUGGAGAAAGGUGUUUUUCAGUCUCCUGAGGCCCUGGAGGCUCUUUUGAUUGACAACAACCCCUUGGUGUGCGACUGUCGUCUCAUGUGGCUCCUACAGAAAAGGCCCUCCAUCUUCUAUGGGGACCUGCAACCGGAGUGCAGCACGCCUGAAGGUAAUCGUGGCAGACCUUUCCAGGAGUUUAAGGACACGCUCCUGUCUUAUUACGUGACAUGUACCAAGCCAAAAAUCCGUGAGAAUAAAACACAAACCAUCACAGUGGAUGAGGGCCAGCAGGCCAUGUUGCGUUGCAGUGCUGAAGGGAAACCCAAGCCCGUUGUGUCCUGGAUGUCCCCACGGCGACGAGUCCUGACAAGCAGGAGCCAUGGAAGAGUCACCGUCCACGACAAUGGUACUCUGGAGAUCAAGUCAGCGGAGGUGCAAGAUGGCGGAGUCUAUCUUUGCCUCGCCUCCAACAGUGCUGGGAAUGACACCCUGAUGACAUCCUUGGCGGUGAAAAGCCUGGGAUCGCUGUACGCUAACAGGACCCAGCACUACACAGAUCCCAGCAACAGCACUGCCAACGGGACGGCCGGUGUGACCCUCGGUUUGGACCUAAAGACUAUUUUAGUGUCCACUGCAAUGGGUUGUUUCACAUUCCUGGGAGUGGUCUUGUUUUGUUUCCUGCUCCUUUUCGUUUGGAGCAGAGGGAAAGGAAAACAUAAAAACAACAUAGAUGUUGAAUAUGUGCCUCGGUCAAAGUCUAAUGGCACUAACGUUGACUCGGCAGAGGGACAAGCUGGUGGUCGUCGUUUUAACAUGAAAAUGAUGUGACUUUUAUAAAUUCAAGAUUCUGGAUUGUGGAAAUGCCCAAAGUACAAUGUAUUUUUUUGAAAAUAAGACUACUGAACUUCCAUUCUUGCCGGGAGAGUGGUAGAGAAAAUAUUUGGGGCGUCUUAUCAAGAUGAGCAGUACCUUAAAUCACUGGAUAUUGACCUUGUGCUUGGAAACUGUGUUUCAAAAUCCUAAAGUCGUAGUAGGACAUUCCGAUACAAAAUUGCCAGCGGGCAACUUCUUCAACGUGGAUAAGGAGUGAAAACUGUUGUCGCUAUGGGGACCUAAAGGGAACAGGUGUCAUUUAUCAGCUUUUUGAAAUUUAUAUGCCCAAAAAAAAAGAAAGUUUUGGGUUGGAUCUACAGACUUGGCUGAACCAUGUACAGUACAAAUUUGUAUUUAAGAUAUUAACCUACUUUGUUUAGUCUUGCGCCAUGCUUAUUCACUGAACAAAUCAAUGAAACAGUCCAUCAUUUCCUAUGUUCAAUACUUUGCAUAUGUGUACCUAAUGCUUCAUUAUGUACAUGUAUGUACAUAUUCAUUCAAAAGAACUAUUCAUAGCAAUAUUCAUGGGAUGCAUUAGCCAAAAUUGAUAUACCCCACUCGUUCAUCAAGAACAUUCUUCAGACUUUUGAAGUUUCCAUGGAUUCAGGAAGGGCUUCUAUGGGUCAUUAUCCGUCCCUGCUCCCCCAAUUGACUCCUAUAUUAAUAAAUAUAUAUUAUUUAUCAAUGGAAAAUGAAGAAAAAAGAUUUUAUUUAUGAAAAAUGUUGAGGAUUUACAAAAAUCAGUCCUCAAACACUGUUUAGAAUCUAACAUACCACUUGGAUCCUCAUGACUUGAUUGGUCAAAGUACGUACAUGAACCACCUUUUUGUCCUAUUUUUGUCUUUUUUUAUUACUUUAAGUGUACCUUUGCUGGUUAGCAAAAUACAUGUGUCAAUUUUACUACAGUGACAUUUGCAUAAUUUUCCCAGUAGGAAAUUUGGACUUUGUUGUGGUAGAUCCUCAUUUUGUUGUUGAAUCAUUUAGAUUGUGAAAACUUCAACGUAAAAGUAAAAAAAAAAUGUACGUGAAAUAAAAGAAGAUGUAUUUGUAC